GACAGUAAACAUGGCGGAUAGUAGCCGCCGGUGGUUUCGGAUCAGCAGCCGUUUGCUUUGUUUUAUCCCAUUUCUCCUCACAACUUCGUCAUUAAAUGGAGUUAACGCCGCUCCAGAGAUGGGCCUGUGGACUAUUACAGUGCUUAAUACAUCAAGACCUUUAUUGUUAAGAAAAGCCAUGUAUAAGGAGACUGACAUUCAACUAAGAGUGGCAUCAUUCGGUUGUCCAGAGGAGGUGAUGUUCUCCAUUCAGUGGUUUCUGAAAUAUUACCCCUGUCACAAUGAGUACAACAAUAUUGAAGAGAUGUAUGAGAAGACGCCACUGAGUCGAGGUGAGAGUCUGGACCCGAACCCUCUCGGACCCGGACAGUAUAUCCAACACAAAUACAGGGAAUUAUCCUGCCGCAGUGACAUGCACAUCUUCCCCAUGCUCAAUAAAUCAAAAGCAGAACCGAAAACAGUGAGACCGGCUCAAGUGGAAAGCGAGUUACAGGAUGGCAGUUUCACAAGUUCUUCUGUUGCUGAGGCUGGUUCAUAUAGAGCAAAGGAUCAUGUGAUUGCUACGACCUGGAGGGACGGGCCCUACCUGCUGGUAGUUCACAUCAAUUCAAGCAAACAGGAUGUCAACUGGAAUUUAACCUUCAGUGUUGUGAUGAAGGGAACCCAUGGCUAUCUCUCUGUCACCGAAUGGCCUCUCAUGAUCUUGAAUCUCUUUGCCUUCUUUCCAGCUCAGGGUCUGCUGAUCUUUGCCGAGCUCAUCUCUGCUCUGAAGAGGACUCUGGCCCGUUUGCUUGUCAUCAUCGUCAGUCUGGGCUACGGCAUUGUCAAGCCGCGUUUAGGCACCGUCAUGCACAGAGUGGUGGGUCUGGGUGUGCUUUAUUUCGCAUUUGCUGCAAUUGAGGGCGUUCUGAGGAUCACUGGGGCUAAAGACUCUGACCUGGCCCUGCUAGCCAACAUUCCCCUGGCUCUGCUUGACUCCUCUCUGUGUUGGUGGAUAUUUGUCAGUCUGGCACAAACCAUUAAGACUCUAAAACUCAGAAGAAACCCAGUGAAGUUGUCUUUGUACAGACACUUCACCAACACACUCAUCUUUGCUGUUCUCGCCUCUAUCAUUUUCAUGGUUUGGACAACGAAGAAGUUCCGGUUAGCAGACUGUCAGGCAGACUGGAUGGAGCUGUGGGUGGAUGAUGCUUUCUGGAGGUUCCUCUUCUCCAUCAUUCUGCUGGUCAUCAUGUUUCUGUGGAGGCCGUCUGUCAAUAACCAAAGGUAUGCGUACACACCGCUCAUCGAUGACUCAGAUGAUGAGGAGAUUGAAGAGUUCCUGGUGUCUGCAAACAUCGCUGAUGGGAUAAAGUUGAGGGCAGCUAAGACAGAAACCAAUGGAAUGGUGAAGCCUGCAGCAACUAAUCCGGAUGAAGAUUUGAAGUGGGUGGAGGAGAAUAUUCCCACCUCUCUGUCUGAUGUAGCUCUUCCUGUUCUUCUCGACUCAGAUGAGGAGAUCAUGACCACCAAGUAUGAGAUGUCUAAAAUGGAGUGAGGUUGAGAAAGCUCUGCAGCUGAAGCAAACCUCCAGAGAUCAACCAAACCGCUGCUCGUGUAACUGACAUCUGACUCACCGGAGAGAGUCACGGACUCCAUCUGUUUCCUUGCUUUGGUCCGGAUGGGUGCCGGCUUUUGGGUAAAUUGAAGGAAUCGUGCUGAAGAGGAGGACGCAUCCUAGCUGAUCUAGACGCAGUACUAAAUGAAGUUAGUUGAGGUGUUACCUCUCUUUUUUUUUUUUUUUCCUGAACUGUUUAAACGUCCAGAAGACUUUAACGUCCUCAUCAAUCUGUAUUAAGAGACGACGGUCUUAUGUUUAUAAACUUUUGUGACGACAUACCUGACAAAAUUGUGAGCAAGUAUUUAAAUGGGUUAAACCAUUCUUAGCGCUGGUUUUUGCUUUGUGCGUGUGUGUUGACCAAAGUGUCUUCUCCGUUUCCUUUGGCUGUAUAUAAAGUGUUAUUUCAAACAUUUUGUCUCUGAUUUCAGCACAUGAUGUGAAUAGUAGAAUGCCUGCUGGUGUGUCGGAUUUGUAUUUGUUUGUGAGUUUGUGCAGGGAGUAAUUUAAAUGGGCAGAUUGAUUAAUUAUAUAUUCUGAAUAAUUUGAUGAAGUUGUUUUGUUUUGUAGAGAGCCCAACUCAACUUUUCUCACUUAAAAGGAAAGUUCACCCUAAAAUCAAGAUUGUUGUUAUUUAAUCACCCUCAUGUCGUCUCAAACCCACAU